AUGACUGUUUACUCUACUCUUCUCCUGGCUGCGGCUGGGCUCGCCGCCGCCGAUAAGCUGGCGGCCAUGAACCUCGGCGAGGCCAGUGGUCGAGGCAUCACCGUCGCCGCUCCUGGUUCAUCAGACUUCGGCGUCCAUUCCCCCUUCGGCGUCCACUCCCUUUCCGAUGGCUGUGGCAUCGGAAUGACUACCUGUGAUUCCAACUGCAUGCCCCUGACCGGUAUUUGCUGCGGACUUGGUUCGGGAGCCUACUGCGAUAUCGGCUACACGUGUGAGUCGGACGGAUGUUGUCCUGUUGGCAAGGUCUGUACUGGACCUCCCACGGGCUGUGAGGGCGAUCGUGAUCUUUGUGGCGAGUUUUGUGUACCUAAGGGCACUUGCUCAAGCGGUGGAGGUGGAGGUGGUGGUGGAGGCAGCGGAGGUGGUGAUGGCGGCUGUCCUACCGGAUACGAAGCGUGCGACGACGAAUGUAUGCCCACUGGUUCAGUCUGCUGCCACAAUGGAUAUCACUGCGAUGCUGGACAAACAUGUACGGCCGACUUCAAAUGCCGGAUCGGUAGUGGUGGAGGAGGCGGUGGCAGCGGAGGAGGCAGCGGCGGCGAUGGCGGUGAUGACCAGACUACUUCCAGAGGAGGAUCCAGCGGUUCUCAAACCACCUACAGUCUCUCGCCCAACCCUGAGCCUACUGCUACGUCUUCUACCGAGUCGAACCCCUUUGGCGGCGAUGAUGCUACCACUACCAGUCAAGACAGCUUCCCUGAGCCUACUCAGCCUCCUGCCACCACCUCUAGCAGCAGCAGCAGCAGCAGUGGCGGUAGCAACGGCGGCUCCAGCGGCGGUAGCAGUGGUAGCAGCAGUGGUGGCAGCAAUGGAGGCAACGGAGGCAGCGGUGGCUCAAUCGUCGCUCCCAGCAUCCUCGUUGGCCUCCUUGCCCUCGUCCCCUUUGUUCUAUAAACGGGCUUCUUCAUCGUGGUGUUCAGGGGUACCAAACACGCAGCCAUCAACCGCAAAUACGGACCGAUGUUGGCGAUAUACGAGAGUGAAGGACAUGAUCUGGUAAUGAUAAUAAUGGAAUACAAUGUUGGUGGAACGGAAAUUGAAAUUGAAAUGAUACCUUUUUUUCUUUUCUUAUAUACUUGGGAGAAAUCGAGGGGCUGUGUCGGACUUUGACGCCCCCGAAUAGCCAUUAGAUAUAUAUACGCGAUUCUAAUGCAUUAAUUACCUUCACGU